AUGCCAAUACUUAAAAGAAAAAUUAAAUUAUGUAAAGAACUUGCAGCUGCUAAGAAAACCAAAACAUCAAAUAAAAAUAAUUUAGUAAAUAUUGAAGCUUUCAAUAAUGAUAAUGAUGUAGAGAAUUUAGGUGUUGAGGAAUUAUCAAAUAAUGUGGUUGAAGGAGAUUCAA